GGACAACUGCUGAUUCAUUCUUACAUCUUGGCAGGUCAGCAGAGACAUUUCGGUGCACCUGUUCUCAUCUGACACAGCUUAAAAAAUAAGCUGAGGCUGACAGGGCUGCUGAGGCGAUAGCUGCUACAGACUCUGACAAUUCAGCAGAGUGGGAACUCUUUUCAACAGAGGCUCCUCUGAGCGUGACGGGUCAGAGAAAAACAACAGGAAAAUGAAGCCUUUAAAAAUCACAGCAAGCCUCCUCCUGCUUUUUCAAGCGUUUCACCUGGUAUGCCUGCAAAAUUCAACUGACUCUCCGGGACGCACAAUUGAUAAGGCCUGGCUCCGUCAGCUGCCCAGAAAUGAAGUCCAAAGUGAAAAUGCUGCAUCUAGCGGAGACGGUGGAUUUGAUCAGGGAACUGAUCAGGUAACAGCAUUCAACAAUGGCUUGAGCAGCGGAAUAUCAUCUGGCUUCAUGGCUGAAGAGGAGGAGAAUAUGACAAGCCAGGAUAAGAGUGCAAAUUCAAGUGAUUUCAGCACAAUCAUGCCCCAUGCAUUUGAAAAUGAAACAGCUGAAGAACCAAAAUUGCCAGUCGCAGCCAUCUCUCCAAGAAAUGUGAGCACAGAGUCUGCGAACUCAAGCCAAACCAACAUGACUUACCCUGAAGAGGAGUUUAACUCAACUAUGACAGCAGACAAGACAACUAGCGCUGGAGGCCUCUCCAAUAACACUAACUUACAGUCCACAACGACCACGGAAAAACCUGCAACAACAACUACCAAAACACCUGAGGAAGAUAAAGGAUUGAGAAACUUCACAGAAAAUACCAACACAUCUGUGACAACCACAGCAGUACCGGAGAUAAAUAGGUCAACCACUAUAACCACAGCAGCACCGGAGAUACAGGGGUCAACCACCAAAUCUUCAACUACGACUGAGCCACCAUCUGAAACCACACAAACAAGGUCUGAAACCACCACCACUGCAGUUUUAGACACACCGGAUUCGGCUAACAAGAAAAUUGCAAUCGGCUCGGAUCGGGGUUCUGUGACAGACACAGGUUCAGUAGUGGAUCCUUACAGGAGUAAAAGGAAUGUGGCUUGGUUGGCUGUGCUGGGAACAGCAGCUGUGACAGCCGUCGUGGGAUUGGUGGCCUACAUCAUUCUGAAAAAGAAACAUCAGAAAGCUUUCACUCACAGAAAGCUGGUGGAGGAGUACCCUUCAGAUCCAGUCCUCAGAUUAGACAACUGUGAACCUUUGGACCUGAACUAUGGCAGUUCAGCUUACUACAACCCAGGACUCCAAGGGGACAGCAUUCAAAUGACCAACAUUCCAGGACGAUGCUGAAACCUUAAAGGACUCCCUGGACCAACAAAUGGAUGCAUGCCAGAAAGAAAUUCAGAAAAUUGUCUUUUUUGGGGAAAGAAGAAUGUCAAGUGUUGGAAAAAGAACUGUUGUAGAGUGGCGCUUGCUAAUGGGAAAAAGGGAUCCAUUUACAAUAAACUAGGUUUCAGAUACAAACCAUGCAUUGUAUUUGCUAAGCCAGUCUAAAUUACACUGUGACAGCCAAAAUGAACUUUCUGCCAUUUAAGUAUGUUGCCAAACGGAAUCAAAUGAAGGCUUUCCAAUUUUCAACAUUUUAAAUUUGCUUUUGAUGAAAGAUAUAAAAGAUUGUACAACUGUUUUGAGAGUAUUUUGAAGGCAAAAAACACCAUAUGAAGCUGAGUAGAAGAAAAAAGAUUGAGAAUUUGGCUCCUGCUAGUGAAAAAAAAAUAGAAAAAAAAGACCUGCUGUUUUCCUACUUCUUAAAUACGAGAUAACACUGUGAUCAUUUAAUACAAAAUUCAGAAACCCUGAUGAGCAAUAAAUAUUUAUUUAUCAGUAAUCACCUGCUGUUACAACACAACACAGGACAUUACAAGUACCAUUUAAACUUCCAAUUUGAACUAUUCGGUAACUGGCAGUCACAGGCUGAGUUUGUGAAUUAACCUGACUAAAUAAAAUGAUUUAGUUUGUUUUCUGCACUACUGAAGGAGGCGGAGGAAAGCUGGAUGCCGUUUUGUUAUUCGUGGAAUGAUUUUAUUUCAUAAGGGGAGUUGUGUACUUAUUUCUAGCACUUUUUAGUUACAACAUAUUGCACUUUUCAAGUCUUCCAAUCUCUAGGUGUCCGAGCAGAGAUCUGAUAUAGCAUCAGCAUGGACUUUGGAGAAUUAAGUAGCAUUUACCUGCUUCAGAAAGCAGCUAUUAUUAAUCCUUCUUGUUCUCUUUAUGCUUCAACAUGGACCAGGGGGCCUUUUAAAAGAAAAGCAUAUAUUUUAAUAACAUAUAGAUGCUGUUUUGCCCUUUCACAAAUCACAUCUUUGUACUUUCAUACAUGCGUAAGUACGUACAUACAUACAUACUGUACAUAUAUAAACGAGAUAUUUUGAAAUGUUAUGAUUAGCUCCUUUCUAUUCCCGUACUUUGCUGUUUUACAUCAAAAUACACGUUCCAUCACAACUGUCAAGAAAAAUUACUCUCAAAAUAAAUGUUUUGGCUCCCUCUA